AUGACAUCAACCCAUCAUCGGCGUCCAUCACAUUCCUCUACCAGCCAUAACCUCCCGCCCUUAUCUCCUUCCAUAUCCCGUCCUAGACCUAUCCCACCCACCAACCCACCUGAACCUCCUCUCACACUCUUACAUUCUACCACCUCACCUAUCACACCGUAUCGUACCACCUCCCAUGCUCCGAGGGAAGAUGACGAUGAAAAGGGGAAACGAAAGAGGAAAUGGUGGAGGGUUAGAUUAGGGUACGGGAUGUAUAAUGAUAUAAGGAAUAGGAUACCUUGGUAUAUAAGCGAUUGGACGGAUGCUUGGAACUAUAGAGUUAUACCUUCUACAUGGUUCAUAUUCUUCGCAAAUGUCUUGCCGGGCUUAGCAUUCUCUUUAGAUCUCAUAGAAACUACAGGUCAAUAUGGUGUACAGGAGGUUUUGCUAUCUUCUUUCAUGGCUGCUUUUGUCGCUUCUUUCCUGGGUGGUCAACCGUUAUUGAUAUCAGGAGUGACGGGUCCCAUAACGGUCUUCAAUAAGACCAUAUACGAUAUAUUCGAGAACAAACAGAAUGGACCCAAUUAUCUUCAUUUUAUUGGUUGGACGUACCUAUGGGCAGCGAUAUUUCAUUGGGUAGCGGCCGUCAUGAAUGCUGUCCAAGGUCUCAAAUAUGUCACUCGAUUUUCAUGCGAUACAUUCGGUUUCUACGUUGCAGCUGUAUACGUCCAGUAUGGGAUACAAGUGGUCACACGGCAGUUCGGCCAAACCUCAACACCAAGCGCUUUCUUGGGCAUAAUUCUAGCGAUCCUCACACUUGUCUUACCGCACUAUUUCAACUCGUUAGCCAAAUCAGGUUAUAUCAAUAAACAUUUCCGGAGGUUUUGUGCCGAUUAUGGUAUGCCCAUCACUAUCAUCGCGAUGACCGGUCUAGCAUAUUGGGGAAGGUUCGAUCAAUAUGUUUUGGAAAAUGGUAUGACCCUUCCCACUACUCCCACUUCGUUCCAACCUGCCAGCGAUCGACCUUGGCUCGUUAGGUUUUGGCAAUUAGAGGGCAAAUGGGUGGGAAUCGCCUUACCGUUCGGUUUCGUACUAUUCAUAUUGUUCUACUUCGAUGCGAACGUAUCUUCGUUGAUUGCUCAAGGCUCAGAGUAUCCUCUACGGAAACCACCAGGGUUUCAUUGGGAUUUCUUCCUACUGGGAAUAACCACAUUCAUAGCUGGUUUACUGGGCAUACCAGCUCCCAAUGGUUUGAUCCCUCAAGCUCCUCUACAUACCGCUUCGUUGGUGGUUAUGGGCUACGAGGAUGAUUCUGCGACUUCGUCAACUACUGCCAUCUCACCUACACCGGAAAGGUCUUCAUUGGACCGACGAGAAAGUCAAACGGAUAUACAGCUGGGAGAAAUGGAAAAUGGUAAUGGUAGUAACCUCAGUAAGGCAGAACAGAACGGUUUGAAAAGAAGAACGAGUAUCCCCGCAAGCGAGAUUCGUCGGAGAGGUAGUCCUACCGAUGACGAGGUUACCAUGACGAGGAAUACGAAAAGGGACGAAGAUCGAAGGGAAGUACCUGUCGCAGUGGUGGAACAGAGGGUAUCGAAUCUCUCUCAAGGAUGUUUAUGUCUGAUCCUCAUGACUAAACCAUUCGAGCAUGUCUUAGGACUAAUUCCCAAAGGCGUCUUAGCGGGAUUAUUCUGGUACAUGGGAUCCGACGCAUUGUUAACAUCAGGAGUAACAGCCAAGAUCCUCUAUCUGAUAAGAGAUAAAAGGGCUACAAGUCCUUCCGAGCCAUUGCAUAAUGUUCGGAAAAGCAGGAUACUUUGGUUCACUAUAAUUGAAUUGAUCGGAUUUGGCGCUACGUUCGCCAUCACGCAGACAAUAGCAGCGAUUGGAUUCCCAAUUAUAAUCAUGUUGCUUGUACCUCUACGUAUAUUGAUCGUACCCCGUCUGGGCUUUAGUGAGGAUGAGUUAGCAAUCUUAGAUGGGGCCGUAGCGAGUCCAUUUACAAUGGAAUCUGUGGGAGGAUCUAUAUAA